AUCGUCAUCGGGUGUUGAGCAAGAACGAAAGCGAUCUCUUCGGUGCCAUCCCCCAGCCCCCCGUGGCAUCUCCCUCACCUGCGCAUCACUCGAGGCAAGAUGGCUUCGCCCUUCCACCUCUCCGACGACCCCAACCCCGAUCUGCACGAAAUGUUCCUGUACUUCAACUCGGCAUGUUUCGGCAACGCACUGGACGCAGUCGAGGUUGGCUGGAGCCCCAAAAUGACCCUGUGCGCAGGGAUGUGCUCCUACUUUCGAGGCGGAUACUGUAAGAUCCGGUUGAGCGAACCGCUGCUCAAGUUUCGAUCCAAAUCAGACCGAAUCGACACGCUGCUGCACGAAAUGAUCCAUGCCUACCUGUUUGUCACGGAGAACAACGACGAUCAUGAUGGACAUGGACCGCAGUUCAUGAAGCAGGCAAACCGCAUCAAUGACAGCCAGCUCACCAACAUUACUGUGUACCACAGCUUUCACGACGAAGUCGAUCACUAUCGUGUGCAUGUUUGGAAAUGCAACGGCCCCUGCCAGAACCAACCACCGUACUUUGGAAUCGUCCGUCGAGCGAUGAACCGACCGCCCCAGCCGGCAGACCGAUGGUGGGCGGAUCACCAAAUGUCCUGCGGAGGCGAGUACAGCAAAAUCUCGGGGCCCGAGGAUACGAACAAGCCUGCGCGGCCCACAUCUCGUCGGAAACCUGCCACCGGAGACCGAAUGUCGCUGGUGAAAACGUCAGCAUCGCCUUACGCCGACUCCCAGGACGACCCGGGUUGCGGGCUAGCACCAGGAGGCAAGAGGCGCAAAGUCGACGACGCCCGCGAGAGCGACAGUCAGAGCGGAAAAGCGAGCGUGCAGGCCACGCUGGACGACUACUUCAAAGCAUCCGCAAAGUAAAACAGUAUCCCUCACUUUCGAGGUCGCUGGUCGUCCUAUCUGGGUACGAUUUGUGUGAGAGGCUCCAUCCGCCUCAUCGCGGCCGUGGUGGUCAUCGUGACGAGCAGGUUCGUGCGAUCCAGGGCGAAACACUUCCUCGUUGGGGUC